AUAAACAUAUUUGGCGAGAAUAUUGUUUACAAAUGGCUGCCUUCAUGAAAAAUAUAUUCAAAGACUUAAUAUUUUCCGCGUUCAUGAAAGACAGAAUAUUAUAGGAAUAUAAAAGAUAUGACAGAAAACAUACACAAACCUAGUUUGUACCGCUGGAAACGUCAAGAAGAUCCACGGUCUUAUUCACGAUCACAGAAAGUGGCAACAAACAGUGACAUCCAGAAUUGGAUCCAGAAAGUUGAAGAUGCAUCUCACCGAGCAGCUGAGCAAGUAUUUGGUUCAAGCCAACAUGGAAGAACAAGAGGGAAAGCUAUUGCUAAGGCUACAAGAGAAUAUAUGCAAGAUGAUGAGCAAGCAUAUAAUGAAGCUCAAGAUUUAUUGUCACAAUGGAUGGAAGAAAAAGUGAAUCUUACCGGUGGACUUGGACCAGAGAUAGACUGUAACUAUGAUGAAGAUGGAUGGGAAAAACAUGAGAUACAGGCAGAUGUAAAACGAGAAUGGGACAACCUACUUGCCAACAACUAUGAGGAAUAUGGACUUCCAUUGUCAUCCAGAUUAAAUAACUCGCAUUCUAAAGAUAUAUACAACUUUGAUGAAGGUGAUGUGUUAGCAUCUGUCAUGAAAAGUAUGUUAGAUAAACAAGUUGUGAAGAAAGAGUUUAAAAAUGACCUUGGACUUGACAAGUGGGGAAAACAUAAAGAUCCUCGCAAUAAAAUGGAACUCCGACAUCAACAGGUGAAAGAAAAUAGGGAAAAACGUGAAAUGGAGUUACGAAAGAAACACGAGGAGAAACAAAAUCACAAAGAAGUACAGGCAAUGGCAAAGCGAUUAGUGAUUAAAGAAGAAAGAGAUAAACAGUUACAAAUGAAGAGAGAAGAAGCAGAGAUACGCAAGGAAAUGUCAAAAAUUCGUAAACAGAUGCAAGAUGACCGACAAAGAAUGAAUGAACAAAAACUGAGAGAACAACAGGCAAAAGAAGAAACAUUAUUUGCUGCAAAAAUUAAGGUUGCUACUGACAUUGAAGCUGAAAAACAAGAAAGUAUUGAAGGUGAGAAAAGAUAUGAGGAACAACAAAGAUUUUUAGCACAGAGAAUGAGAGAACUGGAGGCUAAAGAGGCAGCAAAUAACCUGAGGUGUUUACACAGACAUUUUUCUGCCUGGUAUAAUUUGGUGUUAGAUCGUAGGUUAAAGAUGGGAAAAGCUCGUGCCAUGUAUGAUUGGAAGUUGAUGUUAAGGGGAUGGAAUGCGUGGAGAUCUUUUAUCAGAGUUAGAAAUAUGGAUAGAGAGAGUAAACAACAGGAGCAAGAUGUGAUCAACAUUCAAAGGAAUCAGCAAAUUGCAGAUAGACACAGUCGACAAACUGUGUUACGGAAGUAUUUUAUAGCAUGGCAAGUAUGGGUACACAGUGAGCAAGACAGAAGAUAUUUAGAGAAUGCUCAAAAUAAUACACGUAAUAAAAUGAUGUCUCUACUCGAGGCAGCAGCUACAGGCAAACUUUCAAAACAAGAAGACUCCUUGACUCAUAAAUCAACCCCACAUAAGAAAGAAACACACAGGAAAUCUACUGCUGAUAAAAUUAAUGCACUGUUUGAAAAUACAAGAAAGUUACCACAGAAUACUUCUGACUCCUUGUCUACUGACCGCAGUGAUGUAACAACACCUGUUCUACCUGGUAACCAACACAAACAUUCGAAUUCCCGAUUGCCAACUGAGCCAUGGCAGGUAACUCGUCGACAUAUUGAUCUGACAGCAGCAGAAAUGGCAGAUCUUGGUGGUGGUGAACCUUCAUGUUCACCUGAAGAGAUGAAUGCAAAAAUACUUAAAAAAUAUGGAAGACAGCCUUGGCACAAGAAGGAAAUAAGCACUUAUGAGCACCGUCAUGCCACCCAGAAGAAGAUAUUAGAGGAACAAAAGAAACAGAUAUUAGAACAGCAACGUUUGAUUGAGGUCAUGAAACUUUACAGAAAUGUUGGUCAGCUUGUGUAUAUUGUGCACCUUGGGUGUUGCUUGUAUAUUUAUUCAGUGAUUGUGAAUUUGCACAAAGUCUGGCUCACAAUUAUAUGUGUGUAUUUAUCAUGUAAACAUGGUAAUUCCAAUAUUUUCUCAUACUGUUACUUUAUUCUUUUUCUUGUAGUUAAAGAGAAAUCAUUACAUGCUUCCAAAGAUAAAGAAAAUAGAGACCUUGUAGGCAAGUCUACCCCGAAGUCGAGGCCAAAAUCUGCAGUUGUGGUAAAUAGUAAGAAAACCAUAUCAUCAAAUCAACGGCCACAGUCUGUAACACAGUCUUGUGCGAAAGAUCAGAAGUCACACAAUGAUCCAACUCCUGAUACAUCACAUAUAGGGGCUUCAACAAAUAGAUCUGCAGCAUCAACAGCACGCACAGAUGUUUCCCGUCCAUCUUCCUUUACAAGCACAGCCUCAGAAAAAUCCAAGUAUCUUCAAGUUCUUAAAAAUAUGGAUGAUCGGGCAGCAGAGCGGACCAGAUUAAAGAAAGAGAGAGAAGAAAAAAGAAGGAAAGCUGAGGAAGAAAGACUGUUUCAACUUGAAGCUGAAGCAGAAGCAAGGAGACUGGAAGAAGAAGAAGAAAAAAAGACUAAAGCGUUAGCUUAUAAAGAAAGAAAAAGACUUGAAAAACAGAGAGAGGUUGAGAGAUUGUUACUGGAAGAAAAAUUACGACAACAGACUGAAAUGGCCAACAAACACUUUGAGAAAUCCUUACUAAAAUACAGAGGUAUCAUACCUAUGAAAAAACUUGUAGCAAUGGCAAGACAACAAGAAGAAAAAGCUAAACAACAUUUUGAAAAAUCUUUACAAAGGAAGGUAUUGUUAGGAUGGCAUCAUUAUGUACAAGAAGAGUGGAAGGAGAAAGGAUUGCUGGCAGAAAAAAUGUCCAACUACCUCGCUGUCAAACAUUGCUUUCAGAACUGGAAAUUGUAUAAACAUCACAUGAUAAUAGAAGAACACAAGGCUAAAAUGCAUUAUGAAAUGAAUACAAAACAUAAGAUUUUCCAAGCAUGGCGGGAUUAUGCAAAUGAAGAAAAAGUUGCAUCCUGGGAGAAAGAAAGGAGAGCCAGGGAACAUUUUAGGAGAUUGUUGUUAAAAAGAUAUUUACAUGCAUGGAGAACACUCCCUGAAGAAAUAGAAAAAGAAAAGUUGCGAGAAAGAAGGCGAGCAGAAUUACGUCAAAAAGUGGCAUCAAUUUUGCCUGAUUUUGAACCAUCUGUGUCAGUUGAUGCUAGUACAGAUUUUCAUAAAUGAUUAUGCAUUUUUAGCUCAACUAUUCGAAGAAUAUGAGAGCUAUUGUAGUCGCCCCGGCGUCGGCGUCUGCGUUGGUUAAAGUUUUUUGUAAAUUCAAAUAUCUCAAUUAUUACUUGAGAUAUUCAAUUGAAACUUACAAUACUUAUUUAUAGUAACAAUGUACAUCAGUUUGACAAGUUGGAUAACUCUGCCUACAAUAUUGACAGAAUUAUGCCUCUUUUUAACUUAGAAAUUUUGUUAAAGUUUUUUGUAAAGUCAAAUAUCUCAAUUUUUGCUUGAGAUAUUCAGUUGAAAUUUACAAUACUUAUUUAUAGUAACAAUGUACAUCAGAUUGACAAGUUGGAUAACUCUGCCUAUUUACAGAAUUAUGCCCCUUUUUAAUUAGAAAUUUUGGUUAAAGUUUUUUUGUAAAGUCAAAUAUCUCAAUUAUUGCUUGAGAUAUUCAAUUGAAAUUUACAAUACUUUUUUAUAGUAACAAUGUACAUCAGUUUGCAAAAUUGCAUAACUCUGCCUGUAAUAUUUGCAGAAUUAUUUGCCCCUUUGAAACUUAGAAAUUUUGGUUAAAGCCCAACUUAAAGGUUAAAGGUCUUCAAAGAUAUUUACUUGAAACUUUACACAUGUACUUAGGGUCAUAAUUGGAGAGUCAUAAUUGUAUGUCACUGACCAAGUUCCAUAACUCUACUCGCAUUUAGGCUGAUUCAUCUCCCCUUUUCUACUUAGUCUCUUGAUUAAUGUUUACAUGCAAGUUUUACAUAUCUCAAUAACUAUUAAAGAUAUUUAUUUAAAACUUCACAUAUGCAUUUAGAAUCAUAAUUAUAGGUCACUGACCAAGAUCCAUAAUUCUAUCUUGCAUUUAGGCUGAUUUUUCUCCCCUUUUGCAACUUAGAGAUUCAUGGUAAAGUUUAUGUUAUCUCCAUAACUACUGAAGAGUUUGUGCCUUUUUUGGGACAUUUUUAUGCAUUCAUAAUAAUAAAGCAGUGAUUUACUUGAUAAAACAUCCUAAUAACAAGCCUUUGUACCUUUUCGGUCAAUUUUAUGUAUUCAUAGGUAAUUAGCAUUAUUAUACUCAAUAAAACACCUUUGUGACAACUUUUUGAAUAGUCGAGCCAAUACUGUCCUCCGACAGUUCUUGUUAUUUUCAUUGUGUUUGCCAAAUGAAAUGUUGAUAGUAACAAAUAUUGUUACAUGAUGAAGAAAAAUAUGUACAAUAUGUAUGUUGCAUUUUACUUGACAAUGAUGUUUUUAAAUUUAAUGUAACUAAAAAAAAAAUAAAGCAUAUAUGAAAAUAAAUGGUUGUGUCGACAU